GCUUUUGAAGAUAUCUACAUAGAACGUAGACAUACUAUUCGCACCAUCUUGGAGUAUGCUGAUAAGGUCUUCACAUAUGUUUUUGUUAUUGAGAUGCUGCUCAAAUGGGUAGCCUAUGGGUUCAAGGUCUACUUCACCAAUGCUUGGUGCUGGCUGGACUUCCUCAUUGUUGAUGUGGUUGUAAAUGCUCUUUUGGGGGCCAUCCCCUCCAUUAUGAACGUCCUCUUGGUAUGCCUGAUCUUCUGGCUCAUCUUCAGCAUUAUGGGAGUGAACCUCUUUGCAGGGAAGUACUAUCAUUGUGUCAAUACCACCACAGGUGAUCUCUUUGAAAUUGAACAUGUAAACAACAAAAGUGGCUGCAUCAAUCUUAUCAAUGUUGAAAAUGCCACUGAUGUCCGUUGGGUCAAUGUCAAAGUCAAUUUUGACAAUGUGGGCUUAGGCUAUCUCUCCCUUUUGCAAGUGGCCACUUUCAAGGGCUGGAUGGACAUCAUGUAUGCAGCUGUUGACUCCCGUGAGCAAGAGGAACAGCCUCAUUAUGAAGUGAAUCUCUACAUGUAUAUCUAUUUUGUCAUAUUUAUUAUCUUUGGGGCAUUCUUCACUCUCAAUCUCUUUAUUGGUGUAAUCAUUGACAAUUUCAACCAGCAAAAGAAAAAGAUAA